AUAUACUUUGGUGAAAUUUAUAGGCAGAGACGAGACUGUACAUAAGAUUUUUACCUUAUAUGUAUUGAUUUUUCUUCCUCCUUAAAGAUCCAAGUCGUGAUAUAUCAAAAUAAAUUUGGUGAUUGUUCGAGCUUUUCACAAACAUUUCAUACAUAACUCAAUAGGUAAGACUACUCACUCCGUAUUUGCUUUUCGUUACCAAUCAUAUCUCUCAAACACUCGACAGUUUCCUUCAGCUAAAAUAACUUGCUUCCUGCUAAUAGACCUUCUUCUGACUACCUAGCUACGCAAAUCCUAGGAUGAUGAUACAACGUCGGAGUUUUUCAAACUAAGCUUGGGCUAAAUUUAUAUCCUUAAUCGCUAUCUCCGGCGAAUAUCUACUUGACGACGUUCGGUAUUGUUGAAGCUUUUUCCAGCGGCCGGUUUCACAAGGCUUUUAAGGACAAAAAGUUAGCAGAGCUCAUAGCAAUUGCCUAAAGAUAUUCAACGAGAAUAUCUAAAAGACGACAGACACAAGCCAGACAUCAAUUGGAGAAGAUAGGAUACCCGCCGGUUAUAAACAGAGCGGCAGUCCGUAAAUAUGUCGGAAUAUACAGUCGAGGUUGUAUGUGGCAGUGGAAAUGAUUAUGACGGGCGAAUGGGAGUGCGGAUAUCUUCAAUAUUCGUUAUUGGAUUUGGGUCUAUGAUGGGUAUGCUUCUCAUGAUUGGCAUGCAUAGGCUAUUAUCCCCAAGGAUACCUUCGGCUAAAACAAAUCAUAGGUGCUCUUUUACCAAUAGCUGCAGCAAGAACAAAAAGAAUGAGUGUUCCGCCUCUAGCAUUCUUUAUCACUAAAUAUUUCGGAUCCGGUGUGAUUAUAGCUACCGCUUUCAUACAUGUAAGUCCUAUACUUCCAGCUGUCAUUCUCAAACCAAUGCGAAAUGGUUACAGGUUUAUCCUUGAGAUUUUUGCUAAUCACGUUACAGUUGUUGGCACCCGCUACGGCAAAUCUGACCUCACCCUGUUUAACGGGUCCAAUAACAGAUUACAGUUGGGCAGAAGGAAUUGCCCUUAUGACAAUUUUCAGCAUGUUCUUCAUCGAGCUCAUGGCAUCACGAUACGAUGUAUUCGGACAGGAUAGUCAUGAUUUGGAAGCCGCCGAUCCUGCAAGGGAUCUUAUCAAACAAAGGACCCGAAAUGAGAAGCACGGCACACUAAAAACGCCUUUACCGUCAGAAGCUGCGAAUAGCCCUCAAGCAUCUAGUGCAGUUUUAGAAAAUGAUCAUGCAAGCUCGAUUACUCAAAGACAGUCAACUGGAGAAGGGCCAUCUGAAGUCAGAUCUAGUAUUCCCGGAAGACCUGAUGAUUUAUCAUAUCCUCCUGGAGGUGAGGAUCAUCUUGGACACCAACGGGAACACCAUGAAGAUGACGAUCAUUUUGCUGCUCAAAUGACCGCCAUCUUCAUUCUUGAAUUUGGUGUUAUAUUUCAUUCCAUAUUUAUAGGUCUCACACUUGCCGUCACAGGUGAUGAUUUCAAUAUCCUUUACAUUGUCCUCGUCUUUCAUCAAACAUUUGAAGGUCUUGGUCUUGGGGCUAGACUUGCUACUGCUCAUUGGCCGAAAACGAAAAGCUGGAUGCCUUGGGCUUUGGGAGCAGCUUAUGGGUUUACAACACCCAUUGCGAUUGCCAUUGGCUUAGGUGUCCGUACAACAUUUGCUCCAGGUAGUCAAAAGACUAUGAUUAUUAAUGGUGUGUUCGAUUCUAUCAGUGCCGGAAUCCUCAUAUAUACAGGAUUGGUGGAGUUGAUGGCACAUGAAUUCAUGUUCAAUCAGGAGAUGCGUAAAAGUUCAAUGAAGAUGAUGCUUUUUGCUUUUGGAUGUAUGGUUGCUGGAGCGGGUUUAAUGGCGUUGCUAGGAAAGUGGGCUUGAGAGAGUGUAUAUCUUCAUGGCAUUUUAUAAAGGGUAUCGCAUAGAGAUUGCGCUGGACUGGGUAUAUUCGGGGUAUCAAGGUCUGUCUAAUGUGAUUGGAGCUUGGUCUGGCGGUAAAGGACGGUUUGGCGUCCAAAAAGAAUCUUCUAAACUUGAAGAAUUACCUAUUAUGUAUAGCAUUGAUGAUGGGAAUGGAAUGGACAUGCCUGGGUUCUGAUAUAAGGAUGGAAUCGACGAUGAGUAUAUGGACCAAUAGAACUCGACUCACCUAUCAUUAACUUUUAAAAGUUAGAUGAAGAGGAUUAAGGAGUAGAGAGAGCGUGUAUUUGUAGAUAGAAAGAUUAAAGUAAAAUUUUAAUUUUCAAAAAUGGGUCGC